AUGGCCUCUUCACCAUCUUUAUUGGCUCGACUCCGAAUCUUAGCAACUACUUUUGCUUUAUUUUCUUGCUUAUUGCCUGUGCAGGCUGUCGGAGAGGUGGGAUUAUUUUCAAAUUUGGAUGAACUAAAUACCUUCGAUACCAAGGCAUUGAAUCUUAAGAGAUCCGAGUUUGCAAGUGAUUUUGCAUUUGGCGUUGCAACAUCUGCUCCACAGAUAGAAGGAUCAACAAAAUCCGGAGGUAAAGGACAAAGUGUUUGGGAUUACUUCGUAGAGAAAAACCCAGAAAAAAUUGAUGAUCGUGGUACGUUGGAUGCCAUUGAUUCAUAUAGACGGUACAAGGAAGAUGUGAAGAUGUUGAAGGAGCUUGGUGUAAAUUAUUAUAGAUUUUCCAUUUCUUGGCCCAGGAUUCUACCCAAUGGAUCGUUGAGUGGCGGAGUAAAUCAAGAGGGUAUUGAUCACUACAAUAGUCUAAUCAAUGAAUUAAUUACAAAUGGCAUCACACCUUUUGUGACUUUGUUUCACUUCGAUUUACCACAAAGCCUACAAGAGAAAUAUGGUGGCCCCUUAAGUCGUUCGUUUAUUGAUGAUUUCAGUGACUAUUCUGAUGUAUGCUUCAAGGCAUUUGGAGAUAGAAUUAAAAAUUGGAUUACAAUAAACGAGCCGCUGAUUAUAGCAAGAUUCGGUCAUGACAUUGGGUUUGCUCCUCCAUGCAGAUGUUCCGAUAGAAAACUGUGUUCUCAAGGUAAUUCAACCACAGAACCUUAUAUUGUAAGCCACAACCUUCUACUCGCCCAUGCAACAGCCGUCAAAUUAUACAGAAACAAGUACCAACCAACACAAUUAGGACAAAUUGGAAUCAGCCUUGUGGCACAAUAUUAUGAACCUUAUUCUAGUUCAGUAGACGAUACUGCCGCAGCAAAAAGAGCGAUGGACUUUGAGUUAGGAUGGUAUAUGGAACCUCUAGUAUUUGGAGAGUAUCCUAAAAUUAUGGAAAAAAUAGUGAAUCAAAGGCUACCCAGUUUCAGCAUUGAAGAGAAAAUACUGAUGAAGAGAUCUUUUGAUUUCAUUGGUAUCAAUUAUUAUACUUCAAGGUAUGCCAAGAACAUCCCCAUCGAUUUCCAAGCUCCACCAAUCAGCUCUAUUGACGAUAGAUUCGUAACUGAAUUAGUGGCAAAUAAUGUAUCUCUUAUUGGACCAAAGGCUGAAGGAAGCACAUACAUUUACGUUUAUCCAGUUGGGCUAGAGAAAAUAUUAGUAUGGAUGCAUAAAGUUUACAGAAGGCCAGUAAUAUACAUUACUGAGAAUGGGAUUCCUGAGAAACGAAACGAUAGCCUUCCACUCAAUGUUUCAUUGGAAGAUUCAUUUCGGAUUAGUUUUGUUCGUCAACAUUUGCAUUGGACCAAAAAAGCAAUUCAGUUAGGAGUAAACGUGAAAGGGUACUUUUAUUGGAAUGCAUUUGAUGAUUUUGAAUGGAGGGAGGGUUUCAAUCCCAGGUUUGGACUUUAUUAUGUGGAUUACAUAAGAAAUCUCACUCGUCUCCCCAAACUCUCUGCCACUUGGUUCCGAGGUUUUCUCCAAGGAAAUUAA